AAAGCAGUUUUUCGUUUUUAGAUGCUCUACUCGAUUGCCGAUAGCGGCGGUCGCGUGAAUCGAUACUGCAGUCGCCCACCUUUGCGCGGCCACAGCGAGCCUGCUGUGAAGUUUCGCGGGUAGAGGUAUUGCUAUUCUCCGUGUCAUUUCGCGCGGAAGAAGGAAGGCUCUUGCAUCCGCAGCAAUCUCACUGCAUGCCAACGCAUCUUUUAUUCUCGGAAAUGUCUUGCUGAAAGCGGAUUUUCCCUCAACAGUCGAAGUUGCGCAGGCAUAUCUCUUGUAUUGGGCUGCGCAUGCCCAGACACAAAUCGGAGCAUUGCAGCAUAGGUUUCGGCCUUGCUUGAUCCUAUGCGGACCCCCCUUGUUUCUCUGUUUUAUUCUGAAGUCAGCACCGUCAAAUUGAGCGCCUCUCUGCUCCGGGGACUGCGCUUGCAUGUGGCUGUCCAGUCUGCCAGAGCUCGGAGCGGCGUGUCUCAGCUACUCAUCGGGAGAUCGUACCGCCGCCAAGAAAAAACAUUUCUAUUCUGCGGUCCUCCUUAGGUGGACGCGUGUUCCCUCAGAUCGUGCAAAAGAUAACCGAACAGUUCGAAAUGGAGGACAGCAAGGAUAAAGCUGCUUUUUCUACUUUUUGCCGACAGCUGUCCGCGGCCUUCCGCCAUGACCUUAUCCAGCGUGCGGAAGAGAAGUUUUUCAGGUCACAACUCACUUCAGUGUCCAGGCUCUCCCCUCCAGAUGUUGUCCUUUUUGUUGCCGUGGCCUCGCAACUCCGCCAGCUUCUCCUGAAAAGCGAACGCGACGCUGCAGCCUGUCCUGGCACUCUCUCCGAGACAUCUGUCCAGAAUGGCUGCAGCGAAGGCGCGUGGUGUGAGCUUCUCCAGGGGAAAAACAUCGCAACGGUGUUUUUCGAGCCCAGCACUCGCACGCGGUGCUCUUUUGAGGCCGCCACCCUUAGGCUGGGGGGCCGGGUUAUCAGCUGUGGCGACAUGCAGACGAAUUCCUCCACUAAGAAGGGAGAGUCUCUGGAGGACAGCAUUCGCAUGUUUGCAGCUUACAGCGACUGCAUCGUGCUCCGACACCCCGAGAAGGGCUCUAUGGAACGCGCAACCCGGGCCUUGAAAGACGUGCGAGUGGGAAGGCCGCCUUGCUGUUUGCUCAGUGCGGGCGACGGAGCAGGGGAACACCCGACGCAGGCUCUUCUCGAUUUGCUGACUGUCGUUCAGCUCCGCCCCCGCUGGUGGGAGGCGCAGCUCAAAAAGAUUGAGGGCGACAGCAGCUGCAUCCGAGAUCCGAAUGAGAAAAAUAACUUGGUCGAGCAUCAACCCGAAGCGACGCUACGGGUGGCUUUUGUGGGGGACCUCAAGAACGGCAGGACUGUGCAUUCUCUCGCGUUGCUUCUGUCGCGUUUCGACUGUCACUUGACAGCCGUCAGCACCGAGGCCUCGGCUCUGCCCGCAAGUGUCGCGGAACGCGUCCGAGAAAAUUUCAAGGCUCAGGGACUGUCUGGCGAAGAGAGACUUAUCUGCUCGUCAGAUUUCCCUGAGGCCAUUCGGACAUCUGACGUGUUGUACAUGACUCGUCUCCAGUCUGAGAGGCUUGAUCAUCCAGUGGUGCCGACAAGCGGACAGCAGUUCCCUCCCAGCGACUAUCAACUGACGCGAGGUCUGCUCGAGAAACAUGCCCGCCCCCAUUUGAAGGUCAUGCACCCUCUCCCUCGCCGUGAAGAGAUCGCGGUCGACGUUGAUGAUACGAAUCAUUGCGCCUACUUUACCCAGGCUGAGAACGGACUCUACAUGCGCAUGGCGCUGCUGUCAGUCUUUUUGAAUCGAGGCACAGCACGCAUGCUUCUGGGUCAGGCGUCUUAAUGGCCAGCCACAGCGGUCGGUGCGUGUGCUGUAAACGACGUAUGUGACGUGAAAUCCUCCACGGAGUUUCGGUUACUUCCGCUUCAGAAACCGUCUGCACAUCCACCCGUAGAUACACGAAAAAAACAACUUUGUGGAUUGUGGCAGUUUCACACCAACCGCCACUGCAGAGAGCGGGAAGUCCAUUUGCAAUUGUCUUGAUACUUCCAGCUCAAGCAAGCUGCGCAGACUCGAGAUGUACACAAG